AUGUUCCUUUUGCUCAUCGCGCUCCAGGCACCACCGGAAGAUGUUGGUGUGCCAUGGAUGAAAUGUGCCAUGCUUGUGUUGACGCUGAGCCGCGUGCUCUGCCAGUUCAACUGUGUCGUACUGGAUGAGGCACAUGCUGUGCUCAACAAGGACACCUGUGUGGCUGGCGUCAUCGCGGAUCUGCAGGCGCUGCUCUGUUGGGCGAUCACGGCGUCCCCCAUCCACAACACGCUCGAUGAUAUUGUGCUGCUCCUCUGGUUCCUCCGUCUCCAACCCUACACCGCCUCUCCACAUCAAUGGUGUAAGGAUAUCAUGGACAUUGCCUGGUGGGAUUGCGCUGGGGCGCUCCGCCGACUUCACGCCAUCCUCGCGCCCAUUACCAUCUGGCGUGGAUCGUCCCAGCUUGGAUUGCCGCCCAUGCAGUACAAUGAGAUUGUGCUGCAGCCCUCCGAAUUGCAGAAGGCCUUCUGUGAUGCCCUGCUUCGCUACUGCGAACCGGCGCGAAACUACAGCAUGUUGGUGCUCAUGCUCAUCAACUACAUGCGCGAGGCCGUGUGCCACCCGAGCAUGGUCAUCAACUCGAUGAAGCGAUUGGCUGACAUCAGGAAGAAGCGCGAUGGUAAUCAAGAGGUCGACGAUGACGAGGAGGAUCCCGAGGUGACGGCGAACGAGAUCCAAUGUGCCAUCGAUCGGCUCAUGGCGCUGUCCACCGACGAGGGCCGUGAGGAUGAGUGCUGCAUAUGCAUGGAAACCGAGGCCACGCUGCUCGCCACGCCGUGUUAUCACGGAUGCUGCGCCGGAUGCUGGGAGAAGAUCGAGAGCUACGCAUCCGAUGGCAUCGUUCGAUGCCCACAGUGUCGCGCCGAGGUGUUGGGCACGGCCCCUCGCGAGGAACGCGUGCAGGUGCUACAAACCGAGCUCGAGGUGGCGCGUGCGAUCCCGAACGCGGUUGACGAGAGUGCGUGGGACGAAUCAUGCAAGAUCGACUACCUGUUGGCCGAAGUCAAACUCCAUGGCGCCACCGACAAGAUCAUCAUCGUGUCGCAGUGGGGCGACGUGAGCGCCGAGCAUCGCACCGAAUCCAUCCGCCGAUUCCAGACCAAUCCCGACGUGCGGAUCUGUCUGCUGUCGCUCAACUCGUCGUCCGAGGGCAUCACGCUCACGGCCGCCACGCGCAUGUACAUACUCGAUCCGUGGUGGAAUCCGGCGCGCGACUACCAGGCACUGCAUCGCAUGCACCGGAUCGGACAAACGCGACCGGUCACCAUCAACGCCAUCUACGUCGCCGAUACGGUCGAGGACCAGAUCCGGACGAUGCGCGCGGCCAAGGGCGCGAUCGCGAGCGCCACCGUCGGCGAUGGCGCACCACCUCAAGAGUUUGAUUGGACACAGGAGGCAAAGAUCAUCUUCCAGCUCGAUACCGACGACGUGACACAUCGCAAGCGCAAGGCAACACCCAAACCGCCACCGAAGUGUGCCAUGCCCGGAUUCUCUUCGUCAUCGUCUACACCAUCGGGCUUCGACGCCGGAUACGUGCGGCAAGUGCGCGAGGAGAUCCAAAAGAUCCGAGAGAGACGCGAGCUCUCGCGUCGACCCGCCAAGCGGUCUCGAUUCUACAACCGACCAACACCGACUCCGCCAAAGCCCGUGUACACCACGAGCAACACGGAGGGGCGCUUCCUCACGGGCGACCAUCCGCUUUUUUUGUGA